UCUCCCCGGGAGUAAAAGAUUAACGGACGGGCCAUUGAGAUGGGGUUCGAGUGGCCGUGUCAGUACAAUUUCCCUCCCUUCUUCACGUGGGCACAGCUGCGAGUGGGCUAAUGUGGGAGGGGUAGUUAGGUUACAGCCUAAUUUGGAUACUAGGCAAAAGCAACUGUCAGCAUGGAGCUCGUUGAUCCUGUCUUACUGUCGGCACAACAAGAUGUACACUAUGAAUUUAAUGGAAAUCCAAGAAAGUCCAUUGUUUAACAACAAGAAGAUUCAGCGAAAGUUGUGUUUGGAAUCUGUACAGGUGGUUCUAGAGGAACUCAGGAAAAAAGUGAAUCUUGAGAGGAUAGAUAAGAACAAAUUUAGGUUCCUGAUCAUGUGGAGGAGACCAGAUGAAUGGGGCAAAGUCAUUUACCAGUGGGUCUCUAGAAUGGAAUGACCAAUUCUCUCUUCACUCUUUAUGAGUUGAUUAGUGGCGAUGACACAGAAGGAGAAGAAUUCCAUGGGUUGGAUGAGGCCAUGCUGAUCAGAUCCUAGGAAGCCCUGCAGCAAGAACACAAAGCCGAAAUCAUCACACUGAACGAAAGCAGAGGCGGGAAAUUCUUUUAACAAACAAUUCUAUUUUGGUGUUAUCUAGCUGCCUGGUAGAACUACUUUAUGCUUUUAUAGCAAAUGGAAAAGCAUCAUCUCUAGGUGUUCUGUUACCUGUCAGAGCAGAAAGCCAGCCUGGACCCUGGAGAGCCAGUUCAUACCUCUGAUAAUAUUACACCUGGGUGACACCCUUGGAAAUAAGGGUUCUAUUUUUACAUUAUAUUGUAUAUUUCACAGGAAGCCUGUGUGUUAAGAAACUAUUUUCACUUCCUUGCAAAUAAAUUCUUAACAAGCCAUCUAAUGCAUUUUAUUAAAAGUAUUCAGCAUAUUCUGUUCAUUGUACUUGGUUUCCCCUAAACUGUUAAAUCCCUUUUUGCAAUACAACAGCAAGAUCCAACAGCCUGUGUUCCUAUAGCCUUGAGUGAAAAAAAACUCAAAACAUUGACAUCUGAAAGCUUGCGAGAUCAUGGCAAAGUCAACUGUCCUAGGCAAAAUAUAAACUAUUUAUUCAAUUCCAGUUUUUCAAUUUUCUUUUUGCUUGUCGGCCCAUUAAAAAUGAUCAAUAAAUUA